AAAGCCGAGUCUUCAGUCAGUAUAAAACCUCAAAGCUUAACUAGUAAUACUGCACUUUAUUUCACCUGUGUUUCAGUAAAUAGGUUUAAAAUGUCAAGCGAAACUAAGCAGAAACCUUCUGAAAACUGCAGCCAGUUGCCAAAUAUGCCUCUUCCACUCAAAAACUUGGAGAUUAAAUAUACUAAGAUCUUCAUAAACAAUGAAUGGCAUACCUCUUGCAGUGGAAAAACAUUUCCUGUGUAUAACCCAGCUACUGGAGAAAAGAUAUGUGAAGUACAAGAAGGAGAUAAGGCCGAUGUAGACAAAGCAGUAAAGGCUGCAAAAGAAGCUUUUAAAUUAGGUUCACCAUGGCGCCGGAUGGAUGCUUCUGCAAGGGGAAGACUCGUGAAUAAGCUGGCUGACCUCAUUGAACGGGAUAGUUUGAUUUUAAGUACUAUAGAGUCAAUCGACGGUGGCAAACCCUUUAUGGCAUCCUACUUUGCAGAUCUUCCUGGAGCUAUUAAAUCUUUGAGAUAUUGUGCAGGCUGGGCUGAUAAAAACCAUGGACGCACAAUACCAAUGGAUGGUGAUUAUUUCACAUUUACAAGACAUGAACCAGUUGGAGUAUGUGGUCAGAUUAUCCCAUGGAACUUCCCUCUGGUAAUGUUUGCAUGGAAAAUUGCACCUGCACUCUCCUGUGGGAACACAGUUGUCAUCAAACCAGCAGAACAAACCCCACUGAGUGCUCUGUAUAUGGGAUCAUUAGUAGUAGAGGCAGGAUUUCCUCCUGGAGUUGUGAAUAUUGUGCCUGGGUAUGGACCUACAGCAGGUGCAGCCAUAUCUUAUCAUUUGGAUGUGAAUAAAGUGGCUUUCACUGGUUCUACUGAGGUUGGUAAACUGAUAAAAGAAGCAGCUGGAAAAACUAAUCUUAAAAGGGUUACAUUGGAGCUUGGCGGAAAAAGUCCCAACAUUAUUUUUGCAGAUGCUGACUUGGACAAUGCAGUAGAACAGGCCCAUCAUGGUCUGUUCUAUCAUCAGGGCCAGUGCUGCAUAGCUGGAUCCAGGAUUUUUGUGGAAGAGCCAAUCUAUGAGGAAUUUGUGAGAAGGAGCGUUGAGAAAGCCAAGAGCCGCGUGCUGGGAGAUCCACUUACUCCAGGAGUACAACAGGGCCCACAGAUUGACAAGGAGCAAUAUGACAGAAUUCUUGAGUUAAUUGAAAGUGGGAAGAAGGAAGGAGCAAAACUGGAAUGUGGGGGCAAAGCAUGGGGAAACAAAGGAUUCUUUAUUGAACCUACUGUAUUCUCAGAUGUCAAAGAUGAUAUGCGCAUCGCUAAAGAAGAGAUAUUUGGACCAGUACAACAAAUACUGAAGUUUAAAACAAUAGAUGAAGUUAUUGAAAGAGCAAACAAUACCACUUAUGGAUUAGCAGCAGGAGUUUUCACUAAAGACAUGGACAAAGCAAUGACAUUUGCUGCAGCUCUUCAGGCGGGAACUGUAUGGAUUAACUGCUACAGUGCAAUGUCUUCUCAGUGCCCAUUUGGAGGAUUUAAGAUGUCUGGAAACGGACGUGAAAUGGGAGAGUAUGGUCUGCAGCAAUAUACUGAAGUAAAAACAGUUACAAUGAAAAUUCCACAGAAGAAUUCCUAAAGGGGUGAACUUCCUAAAACAAAGCAUGCACACAUGGACCCUGUGACAUCAUACAAAUGUAUAUAUAAUUAAUCUUUACAGCAAACUCCAUGCAUCUGUAGCAUAAAGAAAUGUAUUUGAUGGUCAUAAAAUGCAUUGUUAUGAGAAGGCUUAUUCCCAUGAUAAAUAAUUCAGAAACAUUUUAAAUCAAAUAAUAUUCUUUGUUCACAAUAGACUGCAGAUAUGUCAUGUCUGAAAUGUGUAUCCAUCCAUGAUAUUGUUCUCAUAGAUACUGUAGUCUAUAGUCUAGUGGCUAAAAUCGUAGUGUUUUAUACACUCUAAAAUGACCUCUAUAAAUUAAAUAUCAAUGUGUUAUCUAGUUCAGUGUACUGGCUACAAAAAUUGUUGUAUUCCUUACAAAUGGCUGUCAUCAGUUUUUCAGUUUUGCAGCUGAACUAUUUAAGUAAAUAUAUGUGUAUUGGUUUGACACAAGUUCCAACAAUAGUAUCAAUUACUGAGAUGGCUCUUCACAAAGAAGCAUAAUGCGGCUAUUUUCUGUACCUGUAACUGAAUAAGUUUAGUUAUCCUGUAGUAAGUGGUAUGACUCAACACUCUAAAGGUACAAGGUUCAUUGUAGGUGUAUUUUAUAUAUUGCUUUGUUUUCCUUCUCAAUAUAUAAACAAUGGGAUUCUGGUUAUCUUGAAUAUUUUCUUUUGCUAAGUAACUGUAAUGGCAAUAAUAUUGGAUAUUCAACUACUAUUUCCAUGUGAGCACUAAUAAAACAAACAAACUGA